AUGAGGAUUAUGGGAGAGGUCUAUGGCGGUCUCGCAAAUGUACCCUAUGACAGUAAGGAUGUGAGCAAUUUCAUGGCUAAAAUUGAUGAAGAACACACGCACAAAGACAUGUCCCUGUUGCUAGCUCACUUUGCAAGGAUAAAAAAAGAAGACCCAGAUUUCUAUUUCAACAUACAUACAGAUCAUGCGGACAAAGUGGACCGCAUAUUCUGGGUAGAUGGGCCAGCGAUUGCUGCUUACAAAAAUUACAGUGAUUGCCUCUCAUUCGACAGCACCAACAUGACCAACAUGUACAAUAUGCCUUUCGCACCAUUCGUUGGAAUCAAUAGGUAUUGUCAAACAAUCCAGCUAGGAUGUGGGUUCCUAAAGAAUGAGAACAUCGAGAGUUUUGUCUGGUUGUUUCAGGAGUUUCUUGAGGCUAUGGGUGGUCUACUGCCAGAUAACUUCAUAACUGAUCAAGAUGCGGCAAUGAGAAGUGCAGUUCUCGUCUCAUUUCCAAAUUGCUGCCACAGAAAUUGUAGGUGGCACAUUAUACAAAAUGCGCAGGCCGUUUUGGGCAACUUCUUGUCAAAACAUGAGGAGUUAAGGACAGAGUUGAACGAGAUAAUUGAUUAUAGCAUGUCGGUUGAAGAGUUCGAAACUAGGUGGGCACAAAUGAUUACCAAACACAAUGUAGUGGACAACACCCAUCUCUAUGAUCUAUAUCAUAUUAGAGCCACUUUUGUGCCAGCCUACUUCAAAGAAAGGUUCUUUCUGUUCCUACAGACUACUGCUCGUAGUGAGGGGUUCAACGCUGUUUUGAAAACUUACAUUGACCCGCACAACAAUUUUCAUCAUUUCUUCCUUCAGUACAUGAAGUUGCAAGAAAAGAUUGAUGUAGCGGAGGAUGCAGUUGAAUUCAAGGAUGAAGACAAGACUCUUAGGGCGUGGGGAGAUUUUCCAGUUGAAGAGCAAGCCUUGCAGGUGUAUACACGGCCCAUUUACUUGCGCUUUCGUGCGGAGCUUCGUAAAGUGACAUCUUAUAAUGUACAACAUGUUGGUCAUGAAACGUACGAUGUUAGCCCUAUCAAGAAUUAUGUUUAUGGCUAUGGCAGUAGAAGCUACAGGGUAGAGGCUAAUUUGGAAGCUGAAAAUUACAACUGCGAGUGCUGCAAGUUCAGCAGGGAUGGGUUGUUGUGCUGCCAUAUUUUUAGAGUGAUGAUGCAAUUGGGUAACAUUGACAGAAUUCCAGAGAAGUACAUCCUCAAGAGGUGGUGA